GGGAUAUUUUUAGCGAUGAUGAUGUGCCCUGUCAAAUAACGUAACGGAAAGAGCCUCUCCCGAAUGCACAGAGAGCAGAAGCUAUUUUAUCAUUGUAUUCACCCAGAGAAGCAAAUGAGAUGAAAUUUGAAAUUAAGCUAGUGUUUUGCGCAUUGGUGGUCCUUACCAGCUCAUCGCAGACAAAGGGUCACAGUUCUGCUCCUCUUCAGAUCCUUACCCCACCCUCCACCCCAGGUGAGAGUGAGGGUGUGUCUGUUACAUUCCCUGUCCCCUCAUUGGACUCAGUAAACUUCUCAUCAGUCCCAGAGCCUGAGUCUAGUCCUGCCAAUGAGCCCUCUGCAGACCAAAAUGGAGCUACACCUGAACCAGAUGUCACAGAUGGUAAUAGCCUUCUCCAGUCAGACAGUAUUCCAGAUGUUGGUGACAGUGGUGAUGUGGUCACAACUCCUGGAAUGACCACACCUCAACCGAAUCCUGCUUACACACUCCUCCCUGCUGCUCCAAGUGAAGAAAACGAACACGUCUAUGGCACUUCCUUAUCCCCACCUACUUUGGCGAGUUCCAGCCCUGCAGAUCUCACGUCAACUCCAGGGGGCGUCACUUACCUCGCAAGAGACCAGCUAACCUCCUCAACCCCACAUACCCUGAAUGCCUCUCCCACAUCCCAUGCUGUAACACACGCCCAGCCCUCAUCCCCUUCCAGCACGCUGGGCCUCACCCCAGCCCCCACCCAACUCCCCACGACUGCCAGUUCUCAGACCUCCGUCCAGCCACACGCCCCCGUAGGACCCUCCCACCAGGAGGUGCCAUCGGAGCUCAACGUUGGAGACGAAGAUGCCAAACUAUCACAUCACCCAAGCUCUCCUCUGGACCCUCUGCUGGCUGGGCUGGUUUCAAUCUUCAUAGUGACCACCGCCAUCAUAUCGGUCGUCCUCUUCCUGAGGUUCCGCCAGCGCACCAACCACCCGGAGUUCCAUCGCCUGCAGGACCUACCCAUGGAUGACUUGAUGGAGGACACGCCACUCUCCAGAUACACAUACUGACGGAAGCAACUGCAGGCAAUGAAACUUCUAGAAUAGCAAUGUAUGGACAUGUUUCAAGUCCUUCGAGGCUCUUGAGUCUCCCCACAGUAUCCCCUGCUCAGCAGUUUGCUGCUCGAGGCCUGGAUCUUCAAACCAAUACUGAGACCUCUUUCAUUGGAUGGUUUCCCUAUUAGCUCUAGUAAUCAUUCCCUUCGAUAAGUGGGAUGUUUUGUCUGAAUGGGGAACUGUUUUAUUCCCGUGAGACCACCUCCUUAUGAAUGCACAGCACUUUAAUGUAACACAGUCACAUUGACCCCUAGUGGAGGGUGAGCAGUAAUGAAGUCUUGUUUCAAAAAGAUCAGAUAGGCUCACUGUAACAAAGAAAUUACAUCUUUAUGUUGUUGUAGACACCAUGAUUAAGACACACAUAAGGUAAAUAAGGCUAGAUGUAUAAGAUCAAUCUUUAUGUUGCUGUAGAUUCCAUGAUGAAGCUAAACACAAAGUGAAUUAGACUUGUUGCAUAAGAACACCACAGAGAUAUUGUGUGAUGUUGUUCUUGAAUCGACCAAACAUGAGAGAAGUGCUCUUUCAAACCAAAAUGCCUAGUAGG